GACAGGUGAUACUACGCACGUUUCGCGCGUAAAUUUCAAAUUUCGAAUUCGGAAUCGCGGUUACACUUUUACUUUCUUCGUAUUGCGUCAUAUAUUUUGUAAUCAGUGUUGUGCCAGUGCUGUGAGUGGAAUGUCUUAUUGAGGUUGUGUUUUUUUGUGUUCUGUUCUAUGUAGGAUGGAUUGAUUCGUGAAAGUAAAUAAAACCCAAAAACAUGGCGCAGUCAGAUCCCGAUGGUGGCGGUUGUGUUAACAAAGCCUUCGAUGGUUUGGACGAUGGUUUUCAGACCAUAGACCUGCGCAACCGGCGUGAAGACAAUCCCAAUGGACACAAGAUAUUUCAGCGUGACGCGGAGCCGGAGGGAGAAUCCGCUGGUGGUGUCUACCAGGACGAGGACGACAGUCUGCGGUGUGGCUGGGGCAGUUUGCGACCCAAAUGGCUGCAAAGGUUCCGGACCGCCAAGUGGGCGCUCUUCUGGCUGUGCUGGGCUGGCGCCAUACAGGGUCUUAAAUGUACCCUUCUUGAUGGAACUCAAGUGUUUGGACAGCACGGGCGCAGAAUUAAGUUAAUAAAUUAUGUUCCCCACGAGAUGAGUAAAGAUGGGAAUAAAUAUACACAUUAA